CAGGUCCUGUGUGCACGCUACAAGCGUAGACAUACUAUCGACCAGCCAGGAGACUCCUCCCCUGCCCCCUCGCCCCUGCCCACUGACCCAGCAAUGACUCUGCCCUCAGCGGGCACAUAUGGCCGGGGGCCUGCCUCCUACAGGAACCGGCGCUACCACCGUAACUCGUCCCGCUCCCGGACCCAAACCCUACCCCUGCCACAGACCCAGAACCAGACCCAAAGCAGGUCCAGCCAGACCUCACAAACCUCCCGUUCCCUGGCCUGUGAAGAGGAGGAAAUGGAGAUGGGGGCUCGCUCUAAAUCCUGGAGGACUGGUCGAACCCGCUCUCUGUUCUCCCUGCCCAGCCUGGCAGGGUUCACCGGCUCUCGCUCCCGCUCUGCCGGCUCCUCCCCCGGAACCUCACCCAGCCCUGCCCACCACAGAAGCCACUCCCACUCCCUCAGCUCCUCCCUGGUCCCGCCCUUCCGCCUCAACGUGGAUGCUCUGAUUGGUGCGGAGGAGACGGAUGUGGACACAGGGAUAAAGGUGGAUGCGGGCAGCAUUGUUGACCUKUCGGUAGUGUCUGCGUACUCUAGGAGUCGCAGACCCACGCCACCACGCCCUCUCUCUGCACCUCCGCGGGACCCAACCCCCUCCCCAUCCCACGCCAACGUCAAGCCCAAGGCGUCAACGCUAGGCCGCCCUCCUGUUCCCAUGAGAACCAGCAGCCUGGCCUCCUCCAAUAGCAUACCUUCCACCCUGCAGCGGCCACGCCCCAACAGCGCUUUCUUGCCCCUGAGUGGCCAGCCGUCCCUGAGGGAUCCCAUCACGUGCAGCCAAUUGGACAGCUCUAACAGCAUUAUUGGGGUGGUGUCUCAGAACAGGUCUGGCAAGGAGGUCGGGGUGGAGGACGACGACCAGGAGUUCUACAUCUGACCAGUUAGUGGCGCUAGAGAGACACGCCGGCCAGCAGGAAGGGCCAGGGACACUGAGUGACAACACAGCUCUGUUCUGCUCUGCCACCUGGGGGCUGGUUUAAGUCAGUGCAGAGGACAGUACAGUGACGGCAGACAGACGCUUCAUUCAACUUCUUCAUGAAAUCUUUCUCACUUUGUGUUUCUAUAUAGUUUCGAACUAGAUGUUUGUGUUAUUUGUUAUUUAAUCAAGUUGUGGUAUAAAUGCGUAGCGCUUACUGAGAUGGCUUAAAAACACAUUGCAGACUACUCAAAUAU